GCCCAUCACUAGACUAGUGCUGUGAAGGUCGUGCGAGGUCCGAGGCUGACAGGACUUUUACAGACUGUACUGGCUACCUAUUCAUCAAGUACGGUACCCUUGUUUGCCUCGAUUGACAAUCCUAAACGUAUUUACUAUCAUGGCCGACGUGUCUGGCCACACUAAGGAGCAAAAUACUUAUCCAGAUGACUACGUUACUGCACACAAGACAUUCAAAGCCCGGAAUAUUGAUGAAAAUCGCUUUGUCAAGUUUGAAGAACGGGAUACGCGAAGCGUUCUAACACUCGACAUGAUAAAAACACUGUGUCAUGGUAAGUUGAACUGUCUUAAAAACAAUGAGGUGCAUGGUUAAUAAUAGAUACUUUUUCGUUUAAGAUUUCGGGCGCCUCGCUCGAUAGAACAGCGGAAUAUUGAAGGAGUUGGUUGAAUUUUGCCGAAGGAGGAAUUUUUAAAUAAUAUACAUAUUUUAAGCGUAGUGCUUAGCCUCGUGCUUAGCCUCAGUGCUAGGUUACAAGUGUGAUUGUUUCUCUCGCCUCUGCGCACCGCGCAGACUGCUGUAGCAGUUCACUAGCUGGUGUAUACGAAGGGGCGUAGCUAGAUCUAUGGAAAGGGUUUCUUCUUGAUGUGUCGCAAGACUUCGGCCUGAUUCCACGACGGUGAAAUUCUUCUCGAGAAAUUGCGAAAUGUGGAUGGUUACACAUGAGUGAUUCUAUUGUAUUUUCUCACUAAUUAAUUACUCACGGUUAAUACUUUUCUCGCGAAGUUUAAGCCCAUUUUGGCACUCGGUGAAUUUGUUCGCGCAUCUGGGAGGGCGGUUUAUUACCGUAGAAAAUUCUUUUAUGUCGCGUUAUAAACUAUUCUAAACUGGCCGUUGAGAAAGAUCGUGACUCUUUAUACGACCAUCGGACCAUAUGGAAACCAGACUUUAUAACGAUUUAUGGCCUUUGACAGUCAAAGGUUAUGUCCCUUGGGACGUAUCUUCUUUGUAAUAGUGUUGUUCGAAUCGGAAUCCAAAACGCUAGUUAGAGUGCAAUGUUUUAUUUUGGUAUUUCUUCGGCGUUUGAGUUUGUUGUGAUGCGUCUGCACCGGAAGUACAACUUUACUCGAUGAAAACAAUGCGAUGCUUGUACCCUAUGUCUGGAAACAUCGGUCAAAGUACAGCUCCCAUACGAGUGAUUUGACGUGUAUCCGGCUACGGAUGCUUCCUAUUGGCCAAGUGUAGCGUUCUUUUCACGCAUGCGAAGAACGCUCAAUCAGUCAAUCAUGACAGUCUCGUACCCAGGAGCAAAUAACGUACUAAAAAUAGGCACACUACAGUUGUUUUUAUAUAGAUCAGUGGCUAAGAUGAGCGACCCGUCGUGUCCUCCCCAAGCACCCCCGCGCGCUCGCUCAUCUUAGCCACUGAUCUAUAUAAAAACAACUGUAGUGUGCUUAUUUUUAGUACGUUAUUUGCGCCUGGGUACGAGGCUGCAAUCAUGAUAUAAACACGCGGGUCUUGACCCCCAGACACGCGCCUCGGGGUAAGAUUUUGGCUUCAAGAAAAAGAUAGGCAGUUUAUAGGCCGUUAUAUGAGUUAUAUUCAUUUCAAUGGAAAACCCGAUAUUUUGAAAAAUUCAAAAUAAAUAUUUCUACUCGCGCCGUACCAAACUUUCUAUGUGAGAGUGAUGUGAAAGCGCUUGAAUAAAAGGAGUAUUUUACUCAUAUUGACAUGGGGCGAAUUUUGAAGUGUUUAGAAGAUAUUCAAGUAUUUUCUCCAAAUGCAAUUCAGAAUGUUUGGCCAAGGACAAGGGUGAGUAAAUGUAUGAUUGUUUUUGUAAUGUUUUGACGGCAUUCAACCCCUUGAAACAGUUAUUUUGUGAGGAUUUCAAUAAGUGUUUUUCGUUUUAAAGGGGGAUAAAUAUUCACUGAGAUAUUUAUUAGAAACAAUUGAAUUGUAAAUAUCGUAAAUUUGUCAUUGAGUGCCUGACAAUGACUAUCUGUUAAAGAACAAGACGCUCCACGAAGCGUUACGUCGCUGGGAUGUGGAAAUAUGCAACUUUAAAUAAUUCGUGUUGUACAAGUAUACCACUAAAGAAGAGCGCGUUUGUUUUUUCAAAAUAUUGCCGGAUUCUUGAAGUUUCCCGUAUUAAAAUGCAAUAGCAUUUAAAUUGGACCGAUACCAAUCGCGUCUGUGUAAUAGUCGCAAAUCAUGAUUUUCCAAGUUACUUCUUCAUUGUCAACAUUGUCGCAGGGUAAGGGAAGCCUCCUGCACACAUCGAUUUUGUCCAUGAGAAACUGACGUUUCUCUGGAGACCUCCCUCACCCCCCCCCCCCCCGCCUUAGAAACGUCACACAUAGUUAUCGAUAUUUUGUUCUUAUAUUUUGUUCUUAUAGGUAACUUUCUGCGUCUGAAUUUGACCGGUCUUCGAGACAGUUGAAUUAGAAUAUUUCAUCUUGUGAUGAACUUAAAAAUUUCCAACGUUUCUCAAAACAACGUCUUUUGCAUGAAAUAUUGACAAUUUUAGCGCGUUUUUCUUGAAAUUUGAGUGUUUUCAAUGCAAGGAAGGCGUAAUAAUAUAAAUGUAUAGAACCAGUAUCGUAUUACGAAUGUAUAGACUGGUGUCUGUAUCAAGUUGUUAUCAAGUUUAUAUUCUGCAAAUGUUAUUCCGAAAUGUUAAGGGUUUCGAAAAACUAUCGAAUUUUUCCAUAAUGUUUUACAGAGAAACGUCACAGCUGCAACCUCCCCCCCCCCUCUCGUGGAAAAAUCGAUAUGUGAGGCUUCCCUAAAAUUGCUUAGCGAUUCGGCCUCUCCUGGGAUUUUUUGAGCCCCUUCUGACUAGAAAUCCUGGCUACUUCACUAUAGUUGCACGAAACGAUUUACAACGACGAUUUUAAAUCGUUUUAUAGUAGAUCUUCUCUCCCGACUGUACAGUAGAACCACACGUUAAUUGUGACCUCUGCUAUAUUACCAGGGAUUGUAUAUACUCGAUAGUUCAAUUGAUUUAUUAUUGAUAUAUUGUAAAGGAAAGUACCAGACAAGCUGGAAUGGAGUGGAAGUAAUGAAAAACCCGUUAGACUUGAUUACCAUGCAAGAUUUAUUUGGCCGUGAAAAACCUGCAACAGUCAUUGAACUUGGUAGUUAUACCGGGGGCUGUGCAUUGUGGUAUGCAGACGUAUUAAAAUGUUUUGGUAUAAAGUCUCACGUUUAUUCUAUCGAUAUUUCGCACGACUGCUUGGAUAAAACGGCAAAAAUGAGGGAGGAUAUCACCUUUAUAAAGGCAGACGCCACGAAGGAUAUGGAGAAAAUUUUCCCAGAAAAAAUGUUGAAGGUAUUUGGUUCCAGUUUAAAUUUUUUAGACUGUUGGGCGAUUUUUGUCGAAACUCGGCUCUUUAUAUAAAAACCUGUGUACGUUGAGGACAAUGAAAUUUUUACAUAAUGAGAGGUCACAUUGCAGGGUGCAGGUUGAUUCGGAUUGAUGGGAUAAAGAUAGAUUUUGGCUAUUUUAUGUUGUUUUAGGCAGUAAAAUCAUAAACCAAACCCACAUCCAAUCCCCGACCCUAACGUGGGCCAAACUUAACCUGGCCUAUAUUUGGCUUAAUUAACCAAAACUAAACCACCGAUCUGGGCUAUAGCGGUAUAGCGCUGCCCCCUCCAGUCCACGUUCCGCCGCCUAUGGUCUAUUUGAUGUAAACAGUGAAACACAACAGUGAACAACGCAUUAUUUAGAGCUUUUGCAGUUGCCAUUAACUGCAACAAACUGUAUGUUUAUCGUAGGAGCUUCCUCAUCCCUGGUUCAUCUCUGAAGACUGCCAUGUCCCAAUGGAAAUCACGUUGGGUUAUUUGGAGCCAUUUAUGGAGCCUGGGGACUAUCUACUAGUUGAAGACACACAUCCAUCAUUUUGUGCACACACUGGCCAAGGUAAUAAUAGUCUCCAUGAUGUUUUGUUGAUAUUAUUACACAUGCCAAAUCAACGGCUACCAACGGGAAACGGUUUUGUCCGUGUAUCUAAAUAAAACUGUUAAAUGCAAGAACCUCCAAUUAACGGACCUCUAACUUACAGAGGAUCUAAUUGCCAUUAAAUUAAUGGUAUUAUAACUGAUUAAUAACGGUUUUACGGUAAUAUGCGGUCGCGCUAUAAUGAAGGCAUGCAUGGAAAUUGUGUUUGGCAAAAUGCUACGAACAAUUUAGAGUUUCCAAAGUCCUUCGCUGUAGACCAUUCCCUCUUAGCCACGUACGGUUUCUCUCCAAUUUCUAACCUAGCGAGCGACUUGUGGCAAGCAUUAAAGAAUAAAGAUAAACACAUUCAUUAUGCUUUCUAUGCAGUUAUUUGAACAUAGAUGGAUCCAUUUUUCAGUGCAUGCAUAACUGAGUCUUAGCUCAAGGCCAAUAAACUUUUUGCAUUUAAUUAUCUUUCAACAGGUCUGUACGCUCCUGGCUUUGACGAAGUUGGUCUUGCAAAACUCAAUGAUUUGACAGAGUUUCUAAAAUCCCGCUCGGGAAAAUUCGUUGUCGACUCUCAUUACAAUGAUUUCUUUGGGUAAUUAAAACUUGAAUUGUUUACAAUUUAAAGAAUAUUUCUUUUAAUGGCAAAUUUGUCAAAAAUUUAAACUUUCUUUAUAAUUACUAUAUGUUUUAUACUGAAUUGAUAGUAUUAGUGUUCACAAAGGUGGAAAACUUGGUAAUGUUUCUGAGAGGAAUUUCAGAUUCAAGCAAUUUGAGCUUAUAAAUUGCUAGAAAACAUUUCUCAAUUUAAAUUCAUGUGAAUAACGCACGACUUUCUUUCACGAGUUAUUGUAAAAAAGCCAUCACCCCGUACUGUCCCCGCACUGUUUGGGCAACGGAGGCGGCUCCAGCGCCUCUGGGGAAAUUUCAGUUCCCAUUUUACUCCCUCAGAACCCUCGUAUCUAUUUGUUGUUUUUUUCUUUCAGGUAUAAUGCUUCUUCAAAUAUGAAUAGUUAUCUAAAAUGUGUUUAGGGUCAUUGGAUUGAAUCCAUAAGCAUGGGAUACUUUAUAUAUAUUACACUUAAUUAAUUAACUGAAUUAGAAACAAAAUAUUCUAGGAAAACGCAUAGUAUGUCUACAAUGUCGUCAGAAUAUAAUUAACAUAGAACAAAAAGGCCUGGGGCGGAAAAAUAGGGAGGCUUGUGGAUAAUGUAGGCCUUUUAUAGGCCAAUUAUAUCGUAUCAUGGACUAUUUCCUACGUUCCUCAUAAAUCUUUUAUAGUAUUGAUAUUACACAUAAUUUAACGUUGCAG